AUGUGCGGCUUCACAUGCAUUACAUACAGCGAGUGCGCCCACACCGCGCUCUCAACGAAGCCCGAGCACACCUCUCUUUGCUUUAACGCGAAAGAAUUACAUUUGGUCCAAGGCGUCGACUGUGCACCUGCGAACUGUGUCCCGACUGAUGACACAGAAACCCCGAUUGCCGCUGAGAAUACUGUCUUUGAUUACUGCGAUGACUGCCGAGCCGAAGCACGCGCUGCUAAACCGAUUGAGCGCGGCGAAAUGGACGACAUCGUCCAGGCUCAUGCGCACGUAAAAGAUGGGGACCUAGGCGUUUAUGAUGAAGACGAGAAUGAGCAGCUGCAAGAUUUAGCCACCUACCUCGAUACAAAGCAUGCUGUUGGCCUGGAGAUUGUCCCACAGCUCAAAGCUUUACCAUCAAAUCCGCUUGCGCUCUCGCAUAUCACAGACCCCGAGCUUCGCGCCCUUCUGUGUGCACCAGACGUGGAAAAACACUUCACUACUUUCAAUUACUGCUCAGAACUCUUUCCAGUCAUGGGCAGCUACAUCCAACAGCUCGCUCCAAACAAGGUGUUCGUAGAGACAUUCGUGUACCUGCGCGACAAGGCGAAGAAAGCAACGACAUUACUAGAGUGUUUCCAAAUCGUUCUCGAGUGCGUCCUCAACUAUGAGCCCUCCCGACCGGAAGAACACUUCAACGGUAGCGAAGCCCGAUUGGAGUUCUUUGGCGAUAUGCUCAAGUGUAUGAUCACCGAUAGGGAUCUUGAAGUCCCUCCGAUCGCCUUCCAUUUCCAUGAGAACAGUUUCGCAGUUCCCGACGCCACCCUUCAGCAGCUUGAAGCGGAUCAAGACGUGUCGCAAGCUUAUACAGAGAAACAGGAGGAGAACUCGCAGACGAAACCAUCGCGGAAGGAGCGUGGCAUCCUGAACAUACAUCACCUGGCGUUUGAUCCGGAGUCACUGAAAGGACUACUAGAUGACGAACCGUCCCGUGACAUCGAGGCAGUACAUGUCGCGUUUUUGGAAGAUGAGAAUGCUGUGGGUAUAGACGUGGAGGACGAGCAGGGUAACAAGCUCGUUUGGAGAGAUGGCAAGUCGCAUAUCAUCUUCGCUGUUACCAAAGCUGAAGACAAGACUGCUGUCAAAGAGAUGAACGAGCAACCGACAAAGCCUAAAGAUGAGCUUCAGACUGAGCCAACGAAGACGCCAAACCAAAUAAAGGGCGGCUUUGGUUUCUAUUACUCAGAUGAAGAAGAUGAUACACUCGUUCAGACUGAAGAGGAAACUAAGGGUAUUGCGGUCGAGGACAAGGACAUCUCUUCAGACCCAGUGUUCAUUCCAGUCUCCUUCAUCCAGUACGUCUAA